GGCUCCGGUGGCGCGCAGUUAUAACGGUCCAGGAGCUCCGAGGAGGGAGGUUCACAUAAAUCCACCUCUGUCACCUUAAAUCCGCCACUCAUCACUGUUUUUCUACGCAUUUUGGAACUUUCCCACCAGCUUCUCGGACUCUUUGCCCUCCCUGAAGUCGUGCGUCCUGCUGGUUUCUGGAUAACCAUGGCGAGCUCCGGACUGCAGCUGCUCGGCAUCUUCCUGGCUCUGGUCGGGAUCGCCUCCACGGUGACCGCCACCCUCAUGGUGGAGUGGAAGAAGCAGUCUCAGGGCAAACACCGCGCCUACGAGGGCCUGUGGAUGAGCUGCAGCGGCACCGAGAGAACCACGUGUGAGAUCCACGAGUCCCUGUUCAAACUGCCCACUGAGGUCCAGGCCACCAGAGCCGUGAUGCUGCUCAGCCUCCUGCUCUCGGCCAUCGCCAUGAUUGUCUCCACGGUGGGGAUGAAGUGCACCCACUUCAUGGAUCGCAUUCCCGACAGCAAGAGCACCACUGCCAUGAUCGGAGGAAUCAUCUUCAUGGUUUCAGGUCUUCUGACCAUCAUCAUCACCUCCUGGUACGUCAAGAUGAUCGUCCAGACCUUCCAGGAGUCGCAUCGUCUGCAGAGCUAUGAGUUCGGUAAAGCCGUGUUUGUCAGCUGGGCUGGAGGGCUCCUCACGAUGGCCGGAGGAGCUUUUCUGAGCUGUAGGAGAUGCUGUGGGUCGAAAUCAUCCGAGUCCAUCAGCUCCGACAUGAAGUCCAACUACGUCUAGUGGAGCAGGAGGAGGAGAUGUAGAAACUACUACCUACAUUCAUGCUGUAAUGAACUGUCUGGUUUUAUUGUGUGCACAGAACUGUCAGCUGGAAGGAUGUGAAAGAUUCAGUGUUUUUCAAAAUGACUUUUUUACAAUCACAGUUACUCAAACUUAUAAAGUGGUGACACUAUUUGUCGUACUUUCCAUAAGAAUUAUUCAUUUUUACCUCUUCAGUUUCACACUGAUUUGCUUGUUUGUUAAUUUUAUGUCUGAAGUUUUUAUAUUUUUUGUCUCGUCAGAUUGUUUUUUAAUGUUUAUAUGAUGCAUUAUUAUUUUACAGUUAAAAACAUGUUAAAAAGGAAAAUAAAAGUAUUUUGUCCUCGA